AUGCGGGGGAGCAAAUUUGAGAAGCUGUGGGAAGGAAUCCAGUCGCUUAAGAAUCUCAAGCGGAUGGAUUUGAGUGACAGCAGGAGCUUGAAAGAGAUUCCAGAUCUUUCAAACGCCACUAACCUCGAGUCAUUGCUUCUCUCGUUCUGCACGAGUCUGUUGGAAAUUCCUUCCUCUAUUGGAAACGCCACUAGUCUUAAGACAUUGGAUCUCAGUUGCACAAAGAUCACCACAAAUAUCCAAGAACUCAAUCUGAGUAGUUCAGCUAUCGAAGAAUUGCCUUCAUCUAUCAGGCUGUGGUCUCGUCUCUAUAAACUAGAUAUGCAUAAGUGCAAAGGCCUGAAGGUGUUUCCCCCUGUUCCUGAAGGAAUUGAAGAGCUGGACUUGAGUGAAAACGUUAAUAGAAGAAGUUCCUCCGUGGAUCGAGAAUCUCUCUCGGCUUCGACACUUUGCUAUGUUCAGAUGCUGGAAGCUGGACAACGUUUCAUUGUCAAGAAUAUCCAAGAUGGUAGGAGUUUCUUGUAUGCAAAUUACUCGUGGUGA